AUGUCAGACAGAGUGACUAGAAAAGGAAAGAGUUAACCACAGAAGGAGGAACCAAAGCAAGCCAAGAAGUAGAAGGUGCAAAAGGAGAGUUAUGAUGUGGUCCAAUUGCAGGAUAUAGCUCAUCAAUUGAGGAUACAUUCAAUUGAGAUGACAAUAGCAUCUAACUCUGGACAUCCAACAUCAUGUGCAUCUAUGGCGGAAAUCAUGGCAGUGCUAUUUUUCACGAAGGCAGGAAUGCAUUUUAAUCCAAAGGAUCCAGGAAAUUUCGGAAAUGAUAGAUUCGUUCUUUCGAAAGGUCAUGCAGCUCCAAUUCUGUAUGCUGCUUGGUCGAUGGUUGGUUAUAUUGAUAAGGCAGAAUUAUUGAAUUUGAGAAAGAUCGAUUCCCUUUUGGAAGGUCAUCCAGUUCCAAAAUUGCCUUUUGUCGAUGUAGCUACAGGAUCCUUGGGAUAGGGAUUGUCAGUUGCAGGCGGUAUGGCUUAUUCAUCAAAAUUCUUGGACAAAAUCGACAAUAGAUACUGGGUGUUGAUGGGAGAUGGCGAGACUGCCGAGGGAUCAGUGUGGGAAGCAGCUCAUUUAGCAAGUCAUUACAAAUUGGACAACCUUACAGCAAUCGUAGAUGUAAAUAGAUUGGGACAAUCUGAAGAGACCUCAAUUGGACAUGAUACUAAUGUUUAUAAGAAGAGAUGGGAGGCAUUUGGAUGGAAGACCAUUGUGGUUGAUGGACACAAUUUGAAUUCAUUAACUGAUGCUUUUGAAUAAUGUAGAAAUGUGAAGAAUUAACCACAAGUUAUAAUUGCCAAAACAUUCAAAGGCAAACAUUUGGAAAUGGAGAACAAAGAGGAUUGGCAUGGAAAACCAGUCCCAUAAGCAUAAGUGGACUUUGUCAAAAAACAAAUGAAGUAAUAAGAUGGGUUCACACUCGCCCCAGAGGUCCCCACUUCAAUAGACAGACCUUAAUAAAGUCAUUUCACAGUGGAAGUCAAUUAUGCAGUUGAUGGCAAGUAAUCAACUAGAGAAGCAUACGGAAAAGCUUUGGUGGGUUUGAGUAAAUCAGAUGCUAAUUAACAAAUUGUGGCAGUAGAUGGAGACACCAAAAAUUCAACAUUCUCAAUCAAAUACAAAGAGGCAGUCCCAACCAAUUUUGUAGAGUGUUUCAUAGCUGAAUAAAAUAUGGUCGGUUGGGCCUAAGGAUUCAGUUGCAGAGGCAAAGUAGCAUUCGCAUCUACAUUUGCUGCUUUCUUCGCAAGAGCCUUUGAUCAAAUAAGAAUGGGAGGAAUCAGUGAAUCUCAAGUCAAAUAUGUUGGAUCACAUGCUGGUGUUUCAAUUGGAGAAGAUGGACCCUCCUAAAUGGGUUUAGAAGACAUUGCCUUAUUCAGAACCAUCCCAAAUUGCGUUGUCUUGUAUCCCUCUGAUGGAGUCUCUGCCGAAAGAGCCAUUGAACUAGUUGCCAAUCACAAGUCUGCUUGCUACGUCAGAAUGAGCAGACCCUCAUUACCCAUUUUGUAUCCCAACAACGAAGUCUUCGAAAUUGGAAAAUCCAAAAUCCUAAAGCAAAAUGAUGAUGACAAGAUCUUGUUGAUUGGUGGAGGUGUGACUACUCAUGAAAUAUUCAAAGCAGCCAAAUAAUUGAGUGAAUAAGACAAGGUACACGUCACUGUUUUGGAUCUAUUCUCAGUUAAACCCCUUGAUCAUGAUGGUAUCCUUAAUGCUGCCAACAAAACUGCUUUGAAGACCAUUCUUGUAGUCGAAGAUCAUUAUAGUGAAGGAGGACUCUUUGAGGCUGUAUCCUCUGCUUUGAGUUUGGACAAACAAAUCAAGAUACAUUCCAUCCAUGUAGACAAAGUGGCUAAGAGUGGUACUCCAGCAUAAAUGUUAUCAUUGUAUCAUUUGGAUGCUGCAGGUAUUAUUGCUAAAGUCAAGUCAAUUAUUUAAUGACGAAUCAAAACAUCAUAAAUAACAACAAAAUAUACAAUU